GAUUCAUUUGACAGCUAAGUGACGUAUCUAACCUAAAAGUUUCAUCAUCACACCUUUUGUAAUUUAAUAUCUAUUUAAACAUUGUAUCGAAAAAUGCCGACUGUUGGUGUAAAAAGAGACUUAUUAUUCGAUGCUUUAGGAAGAGUAUACAGUGACGAUGAGUUUCAAAAGUUAUGUUUCGAAUUUGGGCUUGAAUUGGACGAAGUUACAACAGAGAAGCAAAUGAUAACGAAAGAACAAGGCGAAGACAGUCAAUUAACAGCGGACGCUUCCGAAGAUGUUAUUUAUCGCAUUGAUAUCCCAGCGAAUCGAUACGACUUGUUAUGUUUGGAAGGAUUAGUUCUUGGAUUAUUAGUUUUUCAAAAAAAAAUGUCCCCUCCGAUUUUUAAGGCUUUAAAACCACCAGAAGGUUCAAUUCAACGAUUAAUAAUCCAACCUAACACAGCUAAAAUUCGUCCACAUGCUGUAGCGGCUGUUUUACGAAACAUGUAUUUCACUCAAGACUCGUACAACAGUUUCAUUGAUUUGCAGGAUAAAUUACAUCAAAAUAUUUGUCGUAAACGCUCUUUAGUUGCGAUCGGAACCCACGAUUUAGACAUGAUCGAAGGUCCGUUUAUUUACGAUGCGAAACCUCCAAAUGAAAUCAAAUUUAUUCCUUUGAAUCAAACUAAAGAAUACACCGCCGUUGAAUUAAUGGAUUUAUACGCGACCCAUGCUCAAUUAAAACAAUAUUUGCAUAUUAUUAAAGAUAAACCUUUAUAUCCAGUUAUUACGGAUAGUAAAGGUCGCGUUUUAUCGAUGCCUCCUAUUAUUAAUGGGGACCAUUCAAAAAUUAGUUUAAAUACGAAAAAUGUUUUCAUUGAAUGUACCGCUACCGAUUUAACUAAAGCUAAAAUCGUAUUGGAUACUUUAGUCUGUAUGUUUAGCCAAUAUUGUUCCGAUAAAUUCUGCGUUGAAUAUUGCGAGGUUGAGAAACCGGAUGGAAAUGUUUCGUUGUAUCCAGAAUUGGGGUAUCGAGAUGAAAUUAUCUCGGCUAAAACAGCAAAUGGAUUAGUUGGGAUAAAUGAAAAUAGCUCAAAACUGGCUGAUCUUCUCUCGAAAAUGUGUUUAUCAUCGGAAGUUCUAACCUCAAACGAUGCAAUUAAAGUUAGUAUUCCACCAACACGACAUGAUGUGAUCCAUCCAUGUGAUAUUUAUGAAGAUGUGGCGAUUGCUUAUGGGUAUAAUAACAUAAAACGAACCAUUCCAGGGACGAGUACAAUUGGGGAACAACUUUCGAUCAAUAAGUUAUCAGAUUUAUUGAGAUUUCCGAUAGCUGAGGCGGGAUUUACUGAAGCUUUAACCUUUUCUUUGUGUUCAAGGGAUGAUAUUUCGAGCAAAUUAGGCAAAGCAAUCGAAGAAAUUCCUGCUGUACAUAUUUCGAACCCAAAAACUUUGGAGUUUCAAGUUUGUCGCACGACUUUGCUGCCGGGGAUUUUAAAAACGAUAGCGGCCAAUAAGAAAAUGCCGCUUCCGAUUAAAAUUUUUGAGAUCUCCGAUGUUGUUUUAAAAGAUAUUAAUACAGAAGUAGGGGCUAGAAACGAGCGUAGAAUUUGUGCGGUAAAUUGCAAUAAAACCGCUGGUUUUGAGGUUGUUCACGGAUUAUUGGAUAGAAUUAUGCUUUUAUUGGAAGUACCAUGGAAUCCAAAGAAAGAAAAAACCGGCUAUUAUUUAAAAGCAAUUGAAGAUCCAGCCUAUUUCCCACAAAGAUGCGCCGAAAUCGUUUGCAAUGGAAAGCCAAUUGGAAAAAUCGGUGUUUUACACCCGAAUGUUCUCGCAAAGUUUGAAUUAACCAUUCCUUGCUCUGCACUCGAAAUAACCAUCGAACCUUUCGUUUAAUUAAUUAAAAAUUUACAUUAAAUGUUUAUUAUUUUGAUUUUAUUGAUGUAAUAGCGCCAUCUAUGAUUAUUAAUUCAAAUCAAUAUUCCCAAAUAUACGAUUUUAACAAUUAAA